AUAAUAAUCUCAGCUAAAUCCCACUUCAACCAUUCUCAAAUAUUCCAUAUUGGGGUGAACUCGUCCCGGGAGCUCGUUUCAAUUUGAGAGCGGAAUCGUUCUAUCGAUCGUUUCUUCUGUAGCAUCUAUCAUCAAAAUGUAUAUUCGGAAGGCAUCUUUCAUUCUUCUCAUCACCUUGGUGAUCCUGUCUCAAACAAUGGCUUCACAGCUCUUUGAUGAAUUAGCGGAUGAUGAUUCCAAUGCGAGAGAAGAAUCUUGGGGCGCGUUAUCAAAGCUUCGCAAAAAGGUAGCACAUCGCACUUGCGAGCCAACUAAAAAGUGUCAAACAACAGGAGGGCAUGAAACUUGCGCAGAUUACAUCUGCUGUCAUAUCGUCGUGUUUGGAAAGAAAACUUCACCAGGGUGCACACCUGUUUCUUCAAGUUAGACACCAAAAUCGCUUGUACGUGUAUCAGCAAGUGAAGGAAAUGCGUUCCGUAAUAUGAAGAUGAUGAUAGUCAUUAUUUAUGAUGGUGAUGGCGAACUGGCGAUUCUUUGAAUCUUUUAGUUAAAUGUUUCAUAGUGAGAUCGUUGACGAUUCUUGGGACUUUUCACAGCAGUAUAUCUAGUAUGAAGGUAUUAAGUGCAAAUAAAAUUAUAUAUUGCCGUUUAGUAGGCAAUAAUUUAACUCAUAAACAUAAUAAUCCCUUGAGCUUCUUUGGGAAAAUUCCUGCGAUACAUUCAUGAAAAAUAAACGGUAGAUUUCUGGUUUAAUGAUUGAACUGCAGUUUGGUACAUUAGAUAAGCCUAAUGAAAAGCAAUCCAUCUGUAUUGGUUUGGGCUAAUACAUGGAGGUUACGAAAAUGUUAAAUUUUUGUAUUUCCCUUAAAUUCAGGGUUAUUAUUUUAUUCCCAGGUCUAAUUUCGCAAAUUAGAGAAGUCUGAUUGAUAAGAAGAUAAUAAUUGAGGUGUCAGAUAUAAUUAGUUUUAAGAUAUGAAAACGACAUUUAAUUGCAUUCAUGAUAAAUAAUUAUCAUUAUAUAUUAAUUAAUAGAGACGAUUCUUUUCCUGACUUUCAGAAUGAAGGUUUUUGGCUCUCUUUAUGUAUUUAUUCUUGCCAGAAUUUGGUGCAAAUACCAACACGAUCAUGUGUUAAUCACAUUAUUAUUUCAUAUGCGAGAAAUUACAUGUUUUAAUAAAACUUUCACAAGAUUACUGGUCGAAAUUUUCAUCACAUCAGUCACUUCAUACAUAAAAAUAUAUUAAAUGAGUUUCUCGAUUCUUCUUUUGGCUUGGUACAUUAUGAAUGAAAUAAAAAAAAAUUAAAGGUUUGAAAAAGA